UGAUGCUAUUGCUGAGAUUAGAGCUGUCUGUAUUGAAGAAAUAGGUGUCUGGAUGAAAAUGUACAGUGAUGCCUUCCUGAAUGAUAGUUAUUUAAAAUACGUUGGUUGGACACUACAUGACAGGCAAGGUGAAGUGAGGUUGAAGUGUUUGAAAGCUCUUCAGAGUCUGUAUACCAACAGAGAGUUAUUUCCAAAACUGGAGCUGUUCACUAAUAGAUUCAAGGAUCGCAUUGUAUCAAUGACACUUGAUAAGGAAUAUGAUGUUGCUGUGGAAGCCAUUCGAUUAGUCACGCUAAUACUUCAUGGAAGCGAAGAAGCUCUGUCGAAUGAAGACUGCGAGAAUGUUUAUCACUUGGUGUAUUCAGCACACCGGCCUGUUGCAGUAGCAGCUGGAGAAUUCCUUCACAAAAAACUGUUCAGCAGACAUGAUCCCCAAGCUGAAGAGGCUCUAGCAAAGAGGAGGGGGCGAAAUAGUCCAAAUGGAAACCUUAUUAGAAUGUUGGUUCUUUUCUUUCUUGAAAGUGAGUUGCAUGAACACGCAGCCUAUUUGGUGGACAGUUUGUGGGAGAGCUCUCAAGAACUGCUGAAAGACUGGGAAUGUAUGACAGAAUUGCUCUUGGAAGAACCAGUCCAAGGAGAAGAAGCCAUGUCUGACCGGCAGGAGAGUGCUCUUAUUGAGCUGAUGGUGUGUACGAUCAGACAAGCUGCUGAAGCACAUCCUCCCGUAGGCAGAGGCACUGGCAAGAGAGUCUUGACAGCAAAAGAAAGGAAAACUCAGAUAGAUGACAGAAAUAAAUUGACUGAGCAUUUCAUUAUUGCACUUCCGAUGUUGCUAUCAAAGUAUUCUGCUGAUGCCGAGAAGGUUGCAAAUCUCCUGCAAAUCCCUCAGUAUUUUGAUCUGGAAAUCUAUAGCACAGGCAGGAUGGAAAAGCAUCUGGACGCCUUACUGAAACAGAUUAAGUUUGUUGUGGAAAAGCAUGUGGAAUCAGAUGUUCUCGAAGCCUGCAGCAAAACCUACAGCAUACUCUGUAGUGAAGAAUACACAAUCCAGAACAGAGUUGACAUAGCCCACAGCCAACUUAUUGAUGAGUUUGUGGAUCGAUUCAACCACUCUGUAGAGGACCUGCUGCAGGAGGGAGAAGAAGCUGAUGAUGAUGACAUAUACAAUGUACUCUCCACAUUAAAGAGGUUAACCUCUUUUCACAAUGCACACGAUCUCACAAAAUGGGAUCUGUUCAGUAACUGCUACAGGUUACUAAGAACUGGAAUUGAACACGGAGCUAUGCCAGAACAGAUCGUUGUUCAGGCACUGCAGUGUUCCCAUUACUCCAUCCUCUGGCAGCUGGUGAAGAUCACUGAAGGCUCCCCUUCCAAAGAGGACUUGCUGGUAUUGAGGAAAACUGUGAAAUCCUUUCUGGCUGUCUGCCAGCAGUGUCUGUCAAAUGUCAACACUCCAGUCAAAGAACAGGCUUUCAUGCUGCUCUGUGAUCUCUUGAUGAUUUUUAGUCAUCAGCUGAUGACUGGAGGUCGUGAAGGUCUUCAGCCUUUGGUGUUUAAUCCAGACUCAGGUCUCCAGUCAGAACUUCUCAGUUUUGUGAUGGACCAUGUCUUUAUUGACCAAGACGAUGAAAACCAGAGCAUGGAGGGAGAUGAAGAAGAUGAAGCUAACAAAAUAGAAGCUUUACAUAAGAGAAGAAACCUUUUGGCUGCCUUCAGCAAGCUGAUAAUUUAUGACAUUGUGGACAUGCAUGCAGCAGCGGAUAUCUUCAAACACUAUAUGAAGUACUACAAUGACUAUGGGGAUAUCAUUAAGGAAACCCUGAGCAAAACAAGGCAAAUUGAUAAAAUCCAGUGUGCAAAGACACUCAUUCUCAGUUUGCAGCAGCUGUUUAACGAGCUCGUUCAGGAGCAAGGUCCCAACUUGGACAGGACAUCUGCCCACGUUAGUGGAAUUAAGGAACUGGCCCGUCGGUUUGCCCUCACUUUUGGCUUGGAUCAGAUCAAGACGCGCGAGGCUGUGGCCACACUACACAAAGACGGCAUAGAGUUUGCCUUCAAAUAUCAGAAUCAAAAAGGACAAGACUAUCCGCCUCCUAACCUCGCUUUCCUUGAAGUGCUCAGCGAAUUCUCUUCUAAGCUCCUGCGGCAGGACAAGAAGACUGUUCACUCCUACUUGGAGAAGUUCCUGACGGAACAGAUGAUGGAGAGAAGGGAAGAUGUGUGGCUGCCACUCAUCUCCUACAGGAACUCGCUGGUUACGGGUGGCGAGGAUGACAGGAUGUCUGUCAACAGUGGGAGCAGCAGCAGCAAAGCCUCUUCAGUGAGGAAUAAGAAAGGCCGACCACCGCUCCACAAAAAGAGAGUAGAAGAUGAGAGCCUGGAAGGCUCGUGGCUGAACAGGAAUGAAAACAUACAUACUCCGGGGACGCUGCAAGCACCACAGCUCACCUCAACCGUCUUGAGAGAGAACACUAGACAAAUGGGAGAGCAGAUCCAGGAGCACGAGUCGGAGCAGGGAUCUGAACAAGAUUUUUUACACAAUCCCCAGAUGCAGAUAUCGUGGCUGGGCCAACAGAAGCUGGAAGACUUAAAUCGAAAGGACAGGACAGGAAUGAACUACAUGAAAGGGAGAACUGGUGUAAGGCAUGCAGUACGAGGUCUAAUGGAGGAUGAUGCUGAGCCCAUCUUUGAAGAUGUGAUGAUGUCCUCGCGAGGUCAGCUAGAGGAUAUGAACGAAGAAUUUGAGGACACAAUGGUCAUUGAUCUGCCACCUUCAAGAAACCGGCGGGAACGGGCUGAACUGAGGCCGGACUUCUUCGACUCCGCAGCUAUCAUUGAGGACGAUUCAGGAUUCGGAAUGCCUAUGUUCUGAAGUCUGGUGAAGACAUUUUACAAAUUUGGAACUCUAUUGUUUAGAGCUAGAGGCCUAUAUACUGUGAUAGCUUGUAUGAAAACCACAUUUUUGAUGUGAUACGGUUUGAUUUUUACCCAAAUGAUUGAGGUCAAUCCCUUUCUGUAGUGACAGAAGGAAGAGGAACUCUUAAUGACACAGGAAUGUUGGCUAAUCCAGUCACCUCAGAAGGGCUGACCUGAAAAAUCAUUUGUCUCCCUGUUCUUGACUGUCCUAAUACAGAUUUUUUUUUUUUUUUUCCUGGAUGAGGAGGAGGUUUUAAAUUGUUAAGACAGCUGUCGAAAUAAACACUGUUCUACAUAUGUUUUCUGAAAACAACAUUGGGUGAAAACAGAACUUUUUAACUUUAUUUUUCUGCUGUACAAUUUAAAACAGUUUUAACAUUUGCCUUUUUAUGUUUUAAAAGCUAGCCAUUUUUAUUAAACCUAUGCCUAUCAGCCAUUGACUAGCAACGACGCUACGAGCAGGUCGUUCUGGCUACAGAAACGUGUUUUUGGACACACUGGAUCUGAUUAACCUUAUGGUACGCUUAUAUCCUCUCGUAGGCAUUGAGAAGAA